UUUAUUCCAAAUAGUUCGCUCUUCACUGAAAGUCGGUAGACAGUGGGCGAGCUUUAUCCGUGGCUGGCAUCCGCACCGGGAGAGUUCAACUCGCAUUCAGACAUGGCGAAGACAUUGUUCAAACACUCCAGAAAGGGAGAUAUCAACGAUUAUUAUAACAUUCAGGAAGGAGAGCUAGGGAGAGGAGCCUCGUCUGUGGUUAAGAUGGGCAAGCACAAGGGGACCAAGAAAGAUUACGCUAUUAAGAUAAUAACCAGAACAGUUGAUCAAAAAAUAAUUGCUACUGAAAUUGACAUCCUCUUACACCUGAAACAACACUGCAAUAUUAUAAAGUUACAUGAGAUGUUUGAGACGCCAACACAUAUUUACAUGGUCCUUGAGCUUGUGACUGGAGGUGAACUGUUUGAAAGAAUUGUGGAAAGGGGUUAUUAUUCAGAAAAAGAUGCAGCUGAUGCAGUCAGACAAAUAUGUUGUGCCUUAGAAGUUAUUCACAGUCACAAUAUCAUUCACAGAGAUCUUAAGCCAGAAAAUCUCUUGUACGCUGACAAAAGUGAAACCUCAGACUUGAAAAUUGCGGAUUUUGGGUUGUCAAAGAUGCUUUAUGGUGAACAGUGCAAUACAGCUACAGUGUGUGGAACCCCUGGAUACUGUGCUCCUGAAGUUCUUAUGGGCAAACAAUAUGACACUAAAGUGGACAUGUGGGCUGUUGGUGUUAUUGCUUAUAUACUGUUGUGUGGUUUUGAGCCUUUUUACGAUGAACGAGGUGAUCAAGCGAUGUUUCAAAGGAUCUUAAAAUGUGAUUAUGAAUUUGUUACUCCAUGGUGGGAUGAAGUUUCAGAAAAUGCAAAGGAUCUUGUCAGCAGGUUGAUAGUUUUGGACCCCAGUAAGAGGUUGACAGCAAGACAAUGCUUAGAACAUCCUUGGGUACAGGGCAAGGGUGCUAAACGUGACAAAAUGGACCAGACGUUCUUCGACAAAUUGAACGAAUUUAAUGCCAGACGAAAGCUGAAAGGAGGAAUGAUCGGCGUAAUGGCAUUAACUAGUGCAUUCAAAUCGAAGUAAUAGGUCUUGCUUCUGGGAAGCUGUGCUUGGAACCUAACGGUCGUGAAACAUAUAUCUUUACUUAAUGCUCCAGAGUUACGACGAACAAUUUUGCGAAGGAAAUAGUUCAGGCACCUUUCAGUUUUGUGAAAGCAUGUGUAAGCGUUGCUGCAUAUAUCUGGAAUUUUUUGUUUUUCGUAGUCUUUAUAAGAUGUUUUUUUUUUCUUUUUUUAUCCCGACUGAUUUUUGUUUGCCAUUUAGUAACAUAAAUUCAAAUCUAAAAUGAACUUUUCAAAAUAAUAUAACUGACACUACCAAAAAGACAAGGAUUACAGGCAAAAGUAUCUGCAGGUUAGAAAAUCGCUGUCUAUAUACUUCAAUUUACUGUUCAAUAUAAUUAUUCCCUUUAGUCAGAGUCUAUUUGAAUCUCUUACAUGGUUUCUGUGACGUUCUGUGACUGAAACACAUGGAGAUACACAAAUCUAAAGCUCAUUGAAUGAAAUCAAACAAACUUGAUAUGAUUGCUUUAUUAAACGUUCUUUCAGUUUAACUAACAUUAAAUUGGUCGCUGAAAGAUUCUUCUAUAUAAAUCUCCA